GUUCCUUCAAAUAUUUACUCGAUGCAAGUUGCAAGCGUACCUCUGAGAAUCUGAGUUCGGAUGGCCGAAUCACCGGGAAAUUAGUAUCCUGCGUUAUCUUCGAUUUGGACGGUACACUUCUUAACACAGGUCGGCUUUUCUUCCUUUUCUUCACUGGAUCGUAAUUUAUUUUCAAGUUUACGGCCGAUGGUAUACUGAGUGAUGUGUUGAAGAAUUUCUUGGGUAAGUAUGGGAAAAAAUGGGACGGAAGAGAAGCUCAAAAAAUUGUGGGCAAGACAGCUUUUGAAGCUGCAGCUGUUAUUGUGGAAGAUUAUGGGCUUCCUGGUCGAAAUGAUGAAUUAUUGACUGAAAUCACUCCCAUAUUCUCUGCUCUGUAAGUACAUAAACUGCAGUAAAUUGAUGGGAUUGUGAAAUUGUGGAAUCCAAAGGUCUGAAUCCCUUGGAAAUAGAAAAGAUCAUCCUUUCUAUAUUCUUGAUCUUAGAUGUUGAAUUGAUUAGUUCUCGUAAAAGUUUUUUAAAUUCUUGCUUUUGAUUUCUGGUGUAUAAUUUGCAACAUUAAAGCCUUUCCAGGUUUGGAUCGAUUGCUUAAACAUUUGAGUGAUCAUGGUGUGCCCAUGGUUUUGGCAUCAAACUACUCCCUUAAGGCAAGCAAAUAGAAUACAAACUGUCAUAUCACGAAGGGUGGAAGGAAUACUUCUCUGUCAUCAUUGGUGGUGAUGAAUUGACCGCGGGGAAGCCAUCUCUUGAAAUGAUUCUGGAAGCGGCUAAAAGGCUGAAUAUGGAACUUUUCAGCUGCCUGGUCAUUGUAGAUUCUGUUGUAUGGAGCCUAGUUUUAAUCUUUGAUGCUAAUGCUUCGGCUAUAUCAAGACUGGUGUUAUGGCUAGUAAGGCUGCUGGAACGAAGGUCGUAGCUGUGCCAUCUGUUCCAAGACAAAGUCAUCUUUUUACGGCAGCGGAUGAAGUUAUUGACUCUCUGCUUGAUUUGCGGCCUGAUUAGUGGGGCCUAACUCCAUUGUAAACCUUGGAAUGCUGUAUCAUGCUUUAAUUCUGUUUCUCAGAUGUAUCCUUGAAAUGAUCUUGGUCAAAAACAUUGUUUUUGUGGGUGCAGGGAUAGAGGGUACAUUACCAAUAGAACCUUGGUAUAUAGGGGGUCCUGUCCUUAAGGGAUUUGGUCGUGGCAAAAGACUACUUGGCAUCCCUACUGCUAAUCUAUCUACUCAAGGUCAUUCAAAGCUCCUUUCAGAACAUCCUUCUGGGAUAUUUUUUGGUUGGGCUGGAUUAUCAAGACGUGUUGUAUACAAAAUGGUCAUGAACAUUGGUUGGAACCUAUUUUUCAACAAUGCCGAAAAGUCGAUAGAGCCAUGGUUGCUUCACGAAUUUAAUGAGAAUUUCUAUGGUGAGGAUUUGCGUCUUGUUAUAGUUGGCUAUUUAGGACCUGAGACUAAUUUCCCGACUCUUGAGAGUUUGAUAGCAAAGAUUCAUGAAGAGAGAAGAAUCACAGAGAAAGCACUUGAUCUUCCAUUAUAUUCUAAAUACCAAGAUGAUCCAUACAUAAAAGGCUUGGGCUAAGGACUGCAAUCAUUCAUGACGGUUAAAUUUUUCUUCCAUGUAUACCUGGUUUGCUUAGAACUCUUUGAUUUGAAAGUGCUUGGAUUUUGACAGUAUUGUAUUUUCACCAUGAUUAUAUUAUGCAUGUAAGAUGUAAUGCUAAUGGGCAUGAAAAAAUGCCCUGAGAACCAAAGAUUGUUGCAGAAUAUGUAUUUGUACUUCUUAUUGAGAAACAACGAAGAAAUACAGUUGUUAUUAAAUUAUGUUUCAUACAGGCAUGAGCACUACAUAUCAAAGAUGUUCUGUUUUGUGUUGGUGAUGAAAACUUCACUUUUCACUGAGGAGUUUCUCUUAUACUUCAAUGGCAGAAAAGGUGAUUCAACUCACAAUCUGACGUUCAAAUGUUCAGUGCAAUUCUUGAUCAUCUUGCAGCAAAAGAUACUAUAAUCUUUCAUUAUACUUAAUGUAAUGAGAAAUUAUUUGCCUAAUCAUUGAUCCAUUGUAGUACAUUGUAACAGUUGAUACAAAUAAUGCAAAGUCUCUGGA